CUGCGCGACCCGUUUAUUGGAAGAGGAAGCGCCUGGACUGGGGGCCCAACUGGUGACUCUGAGCCUUCGUCGAUGGGUCCUGGACUUUGGAACGACGAUACCAUUGUCGCUACCCGUGUUCCCCGUGACCAAGUGAAAUUCGAAGCGGUUCUCUCUCGUGGCGGCUUUGGAGAGGUCUACCGAGGGACAUACAACAACGAGCAAGUGGCCAUCAAGAUGUUGUUCCCCGAAAUGCGCAAGGAUCUGAAGAAGGUCAACGCUUUCCUCGCCGAGGCCAAGCUCAUGGCGAGUUUGGUGCACCCCCACGUUGUUCGGUUUGUCGGCGUGGCGUGGGGCAACCUGGCCGACUUGUGCGUGCUCACAGAGCUGAUGCAGGGCGGAGAUCUGAGGACGCUACUGAAAGACUUUAAUGCUAAGGGCCACCCCCAAGGCAUGGACCAGGACAAACUCCGCAUCGCAUACCACAUCGCUCAAGCAUUGACGUACAUGCACUCGCUCUCUCCUGUCGUCAUCCACCGAGACUUGAAGUCCAAGAACGUGUUGUUGACCGAAGACUUGAAGGCGAAACUGACGGACUUUGGCGCGUCACGCGAGCGCCAAGAGCACACCAUGACGGCGGGAGUCGGUACUAUGCUGUGGAUGGCGCCCGAGGUGAUGAUGGCCGAGCGCUACACCGAGAAGGCCGACGUGUUCUCGUUCGGCGUGCUGCUGUCCGAGUUGGACUUGCAGACGUUGCCGUACUCUCAUGCGCGGAUCGACUCGAGCGGCAUGAAGGUGCCUGAUGCGUUGAUUUUGCAGAAGGUGGCGUCAGGUGCGUUGCAAGUGCAGUUUUCGUCGAAGUGUUUGGCUGCGGUGGUGGAGUUGGGCAAGGAUUGCGUCGCGCUGGACCCGUCGGCUCGUCCGUCGGCGCCGAUGGUGGUGUUCCGACUGCAAACGAUUAUCAAGGGGUCUAUA